UUCGUUCUGCUGGAAUUAAAGUUUGUUGUGGAGGAAUUUUAGGAAUGGGAGAAACUAAUGAAGAUAGAGUUAAAAUGCUUACUAUUUUGGCUAAUAUGGAACCUGUGCCUGAAUCAGUUCCAAUAAAUAAAUUAAUUAAAAUUCCUGGAACACCUUUAGCAAAUGCUGUAGAAUUGGAUUCAUUCGAUUUUGUAAGAACAAUAGCAACUGCACGAUUAUUAAUGCCAAGAGCAUAUAUUAGACUUUCAGCAGGAAGAGAACAAAUGGGAGACGAAUUACAAGCUCUUUGUUUUCUAGCUGGAGCUAAUUCUCUCUUUUAUGGAGAAAAAUUAUUAACAGCUGCUAAUCCAACACCUGAACAUGACUUGAAUUUGUUAAAAAGAUUGGGUAUGAGUGGGGAAACAAUUGAAAGAAAUAAAGAAGAGGAAUGCUAA